AUGCUUUUUUCUCGCCACCACGCAGCCUCCCCAAGCUUCUUCGACAAGUUGCAAACUGCUCACAGACUCCGCGAGAGAGGUCUCCCUUCGGAGCCUCCAGCCAACCCUUCCUUCUUCAGGAAGAUCAAAAAUGCUUUUAAAUCGACCGCACAAAAAUUCUAUUUGUCUCUGCGUUUCUCCUUUCCCCAUCGUUGGGGUUCCAGACGCAGAUACUCCAGAAUGUCCAGAAACGAGAAGAUGCCCAUGCAGCAAAACGCUGGAACAGAGCCUGCUGCCGUCCAGUUUGUGUCUCUUACGCUUCAUCCAGACGACGGCCUUUUGGAGAAGUUCUAUGUGGACUCUGCCCACAGCCCCGGUGCUGCAGUUUCCCAAAACGACGAGGACCUCGUUCAACCAGCUUCCGGCGUGACCCUGGAAAAUUUCCACUUUUCCCACGUUUCAGGAAAUUUGAAAAAAUGCUUCACCGCCUUGUCCCGGUCUCGGAGCCUUCCUGGCGCCAGAACCAGCAGGACCCUUCUCGCAUUGGAUGCCUUGAGGAACCUCAUUACUGGAAAGCCCACGGGCCUCACCAUCUGGCCAAAUUUCCCCAGAAGCACUUACAAAAUUUUUGCUUUCCACUUGGCCAGAGUCGCUUCCCAGCAAACGGCCUCUAGUGCUGUGGUUCCGCUCAGAAACCAGAACCCAUCCACACCAGCUCUUCUGGAUACCACACCAGUUCUUCUGGUCACCCCCGAGCCAGGCAUCGACGUCGAUCUUUCCGAAUUGACCGCCUUGGCCUCCAAAAAAAUAAGACCGCUUGUGGGCGUCGGCGAUAUGGAGUACACUGCCAGAACCCGGGAGUUCGUGAGACAGCACCCCAAGGCCUUGGCUGCAAACUCCCAGGUCUCCCGGGUCUCCUUCGCUGAGACACCUGAAAUUAUUGUUUUUAAUUCAGACGACGCUCCAGCGGCUCUCGGCACUUCACCACCCAAACGCCCUAAGGUGGUCCAGAGUAUCCUUUCACACAAGCUCAAGCUGGAUCCUCCUCAGCACACUUCCCCCACCGAAGACAACGAGUUCUUCAACUACGCUGAGGCCAACGCCAGGCUUGAUGCUUUGCUCAAGGACACUAAAUUCCCCGCUGUCAAUACGCAAAAGUACAAGGCAGACGUCAGCAGAGCCUUGGGCCAGUUUGGCGAGGCGUUCCGUUUCCUCACCAACUCCUUCACCCAGCCGGUAAUGAACGAUUAUCUUGCUUAUUUCCAGCAAUAUCUCAGCAUCGGCGGCGAAAUCAGCCGUCAUUUGGCGGUAGCAAAAGGUAUGGCUGCGGAGUUGGACUCUUUGAGUCUGGAGCUCACCGAAGGCUACCUUCCCUUGAGCCAGAACCUCCGUCUUUUCGACUUUGGCAAGCGCCUUUAUGCUCUUGAUGCCGCCGAAGAAGAUGUCAGACAGCUCAUUGACUCUUUAGCUCUGACCUUCAAGGUCAACCUGGACAAGUUCCAGUCUGAGCUGAAGCAGAUGGAGUACUUCGUCAAGAAGAUCAGCUCCGCCUUCACCCAGUUUUUGAGAAGACACUGUCGUUCUUUGGACGCCGAGGGCCGCAAGAACCUCUCGAUGCAAUUGGGCCGUGACGAGUUUAUGGAGAGGGUCUUCUGCUUCAGGAACUUGAACAUGGACUCCGCCAAGACCGAGCUCGGCCGCCACUACGGAGACUUGACCAAUGCCUUUAGCCACCAGGAGGAGCUUCUUUACCUGGUGAAGGUGGCCUUCAUCGAGCUCUACGAGCACACCCAGCCAAAGUAG